ACACCUUAGCAACUACAUCAACCGUCCAGGCAACACAAUGGUUGUCAGUACGUAGCUAGUUUCUCAUCAUGGACAGGAGCUACUUGUUGCGGAGAAGGGUCCGACCGGACCAGGGCAAUUCGUCCAAAGUAGGAGCAUGUGACUUCUGUUACCAGAAAAACGUCAAAAUCCGACCGCUAGAGUGUAAGAACCAUUUCUACUGUCAAGUAUGUGAAGAAUUUUGUCCGAAAAUCAGAAAAGGCGACUUCACGUGUCGGAAGUGUUCUCAUCGAACCCGUAUGUUGGAUGACGAAAACAGAAGGAGGGUGGACGAUUUUUAUGUGAAGCAGGAAGGAUUAGCUAAACCGAAAGGAUUCGAGGAGGUCAUCAUUAGCAUCGACGGGCUCCAAUUUCAUCUCAUUUGAUGAUGAUGAUGACGAGGAAGAUGGCGACUUGUCGGGAAAUAACACAGAAUGGGACUUCCUUUUGGAAUCUUUAACGAACAACGAUGUAGAUAAAGAACCCAAGAAAGCACCAACCAGCAACAACACAGAAUCUGACAAAGGUGAAAUUAAAAAACAAAAAAUAAGUAAGAAACAGAAGAAGGAAAUCAAUUCAGCUUUUCCUAAACUACACUCUUCACAAAAACUCAGUUCCGGCGGAAGUGAAGAAUCGAAUUCCUUUACAUUUUUGGGUCAAAUGGGUAUCACAGGACUCAGUAUCAAACCGGAAGAGGAGAAUCUCUCCUCGACACUGGAAGUGGCCCCAGAACAAGGAAGUAGUUCUCCAAACUUUCCUCACACAAUCCAACAUCUUACGGACCAAGUAGAGGGGUCCGUUAUUCUUCCAGCGGACAGCGAUUCUCUGUCGGAGAGAGGAACAUCGCCCGUCAAGCGGCCUCCAAAGAUGUUGGACGCUGCCAGUUGGCUGGGCCUUCGGAGACCUGCCACGAAAGACGACAGCGCCAGCCGGACCGAGUUGUAUACUAUCGAGGGACCGUCCUUCAGGGAGAGAGCCUCGAGCCCAGGAGACGACGGGUCAGCAUUUGAGCGGGAUAUUCUUCAAGGCGAUGAUUUCUGGGACUUUUGAAAUUAAGAGCAAUGACGAUAAAGUUGAAGAUAAAUAAAGCGAUCUUUCAAAAAAUCAAGUAAAAAUAGUUAUAUCAAAAGUGUUUCCACACACCAACAAUCAUUUGCUUUGUAUUUUCCACACGAAAUUUCUCGGAUAAAGUGACAAUGCGUAAAAUAUAUUUUUUGCAAAUGUAGUAAUAUACAAUUGUUGAAUUUAGAUAAGGUUAACACCAGGAUUUAUCAACCCUACAAAUCUGAUAAUUUAAAAUUGCGACGGUAAUUUUUGCAAAGCCUUAAUCCAGAAACACAUGGAAAUGCAAACGAAAACUGUCGGGCUGAAGAACGAUUAGCUGAUCAAAACGGCAUAUAACCAGGUGUAAUACAUGUACAUUUUAGUGAAUGAAAUGUUCGAUUAGAAGGGUUGUUUUACUACAGUUAUGAUAUACCUGUCUCCAGUAACAUAUUGUUAUCAUCAUCAAUGCAUGUUAAGUUUUUUACGUAAAAACUUUUUAUUUAGAUCAAUAAAUUGAAUCUAGAAUGGACC